UCUCGUCUUCCUCGCCGCUCCGCCCGCCACCACCACACUGCCAUGCCGCUCUCGCCAAUGGCGGACCGCGCCAGCCGCCACUGAACCGGUGGCGCCGCCGCAGAGCUCUGACGGAGAACCGGAGGCGCCGACGCUUUCUCUGCCGUAGCUUCUGUCCGCCGCCGAGCGCCGCCGCGUUCAGCCAGCGAAUUCACGCAUUGAUUCGCACCUGUUACAGUCCGCCAAAAAGGGGCGGGGGGAGAAUCCGGCGCCAUGGGGAGCGAGGCGAAGGAGAUGAAGUACAGGCGGAGGGCCAGGGCACCGGAGCCGGGGGAUUACGCGCAAUGCGGCGGCGACCGGGCCGGCGGCGGCGCGGUGGACUGGGCCGCGCUGAAGCGGCAGGACCCGGCGGAGCUGCUCCGGCAGCUCGACGAGAUACGGGCCCAGAUCACCCGGUCCUGCGAGAUCGCGGGGCCGCCGCCGCCGCCCCCGCACCGCGUGGCCCGGCGCGCGGUCUCCAUGCGCCCUUCGCACGCGGACCCUCCCCCGCCGCCGCCGCCGGAGUACGGCCGCUCGCGCCACGCCGGUCGGUACGGGCACGGCCUGCCGCCGAGCUCUUAUGACCAGCGCUCCGUCUGCGACGAGAGGUACGGGAGGCAGCCCAGCGGGAGGUUCCGGCAACCACGCCCGGAGGGGCAGUGGGAGGGUUAUGGGUACGGUGGUCAGGGCCAAGGGAGCUGCCACCAGAGCUCGUGCCAGUGUGCGCAGUGCGUCCACGGCCAGCGUGCCGUGCUGGCGCAGGAGGAGAACAUCCCGAUGGCGAGGUUCUUGGCCGGGCAGCAGCAGAGGCCCUCCUACCUGUUCGACAGGUCCUCGUCGAUAUCGUCAGAGUAUGACCGGAGGUCCGUGGCGUCGUCGCUGUACUCGCACCUCUCGAUGUCGAAGAGAAGGGUGGAGUAUUUCAGGAAGAAGGCCGAGAAUUUCUGUCGGCCAGUCAAGGGCGGCGCGCCUUUCGUCGUGUGCAGCUCUUGUAACCAGCUUCUGCAGCUGCCUCCGGGGAAAUGCACAGCAAGGAGGCAGAACCAGGUUCAGUGUGGUUCGUGCUCGGAGGUUGUUUGGUUCAAGCUUAAAGGAGUGAAAGUUCACCCUCUGGUUCCACCAUCUUCUUUCGCUGUACCGAAAAGCGUGAGGAGUUCAGACCGCUGGAAUCGCCAGAGUUCUGGGUGGUAUCCAGAGCAGGAUGAUGACACUUCUAGUUUCGGUAGCCACCGGCAGAAACGGGAUUUUUCGGACAAUUUAUCGCGGUCUUCUACUGGGAGUUGUGGUAGCAUCGACAAAGAGCGUGUGGCGAACAAGGGCAGUCAGUUGAAACCAGUGUCUACCCGCAGAUCUAGAUUUGCGGAUAGCCCGAAAGAUAUAUUAUGUCAAGGAGAUGCAGAGAGCCAAGCGGAAGCUCCAGCUGUUCGUACAAUCAGUCCACAGGCCUUGAUUAUAGAGGACAAACUUGUUGAUCCGUUUUCCAGUCAACUAAAAGUUUGCAGCGGCUGGGAUCAAAUAAAGAGCAAGAGAUAUGGCUUAAAUUGCAAAGGGGACUAUGAUGUUAGAGGUGAGAGCAAAUCUGAACAAAAGAGCAAAGAAAGUCACCAGGAUGGAUUUGGUGAAGAAACUAUUAACAGGGCAUAUGGACAGAAAUUUAAGCAAAGUAAUGCGGACUGGCAUGACGGUCAUGUGGGUAACAAAAACAUGAAGAAGGCCAAUAGUGAUGACAUUAGCAGCCUCGGAGAUGAAGCUAUGAGCAAAAAAUAUGAAGAAAAGAGCAAACAAGAUGACACCUUUGAAGUUGAAGGUGUCAGUAAGAGAUAUGGCAACUGCAACAAAAAUGGUUAUAACGAUGUCCUUGAAGUUGACAGCAUAACUAAGAAAAGUGAAGAAGAGAAAGGAAAAGAUGAUUGUGCUAAAUCACUGUCCUCAAAUUGUGAAAAUACCAAGAUUGUAGCCAAAAAUGAGUUAUCAGUUAAUGAGCAAAGGGAUACUAGCUCUCGUUUUUCUUCUGAAGCUGGUCUAGAUGAAUUUCAAUCUCCAGCUGGUAAGAGUGGGGAUUCAUCAUUUUUUGGUGGUUUAUUGAAGAAAGGUUUCAAGGAUCUUUCUUUGUUCAACCAGUCUAUGGACAAUGUCAAGGUUUCGAUCAAUGGUCAUUCAAUCUCUGAACGUGCUCUUCGGAGGGCAGAGAAAAAAGCUGGUCCUGUUGGCCCUGGUUCAUAUUGGUAUGAUCAACGUGCUGGAUUUUGGGGUGUCAUGGGGCAUGAGUGCAGCGGCAUUAUCCCUCCAUUAAUAAGAGAAUUCAGUUAUUCGAUGCCCAAGGAUUGUGCCGGUGGGAAUACUGGAGUUCUUGUGAACGGCAGAGAACUUCAUCAGAAAGAUUUUGAUUUGCUUGUAAAGAGAGGCCUUCAACGAUUCACUGGAAAGUCAUAUACCGUGGAUAUCUCAGGAAAUGUGAUCGAUGAUACAACUAACCAGAAAUUACGCAACCUUGGAAAGCUUGCUCCUACAAUCGAGAAGAUGAAACGUGGCUUUGGCAUGCACACCCCUGAAGAGACAAGUUAGCACUUUGUGGUGCUUUGGCAUGCACAUUCCUGAAGAGAUAAGUUAGCUUUUUAUCUAUGGUGUUGUUUCCUUGUUUGAUGGGAUAUCCUCCAUCUUACUAAACCCAUAAGCUGCCUAUGGGGGUAAACUCUUUGGACCCUGCCACCCUGGUAUGAAGUAGCUUUUUAAAUCAUGCCCCGACUACAAUCUGUGAGUGUGCAGCAGCCGCAAUACUCCAGAAACUGAGGCCACUACAUGCUACCACUAUUACUCGUCCAACCUAUUUCCACAAAUUUCAGUCCUGUUACUUGCAAUGUUCGUUGGAUAUAUCUGCUAAUCAUCCGGGCAGCUUCAAGUGUCUCCUGUUAUGAUGUUUUUCUCAUCUACCGCAUAUGCUCUCGAUACAGUUUUCCUCAGCAUAGGUAGCACUGGAAUGUUUGUCUGUAUGGGCUUCUAAUGUACUGGUAGAAUCUUUCUACCUGCUAGAACUGUAAAUAUCAUCUCCUAAGUCCUAAACCACCUCCUGAUUGGUGGCUGAUGUGUGUGUCCACUUUGCUAUCUGAAAUGCAACCCUGGUUUUCUUUGUAUGAUAGGCCUGUACCCGGUUCUCAAGAAUCAGAAGUGUUUAUCUGUUUGGGACACGGCUGUUUGAGAUGUUUUAGUGUUGUAUAUACUGCUGAAUCAAAAGUAUUAUUUUUCCUGCCUGAAGACCAACACUAGUGUUUUUCCUA